GGACACGGCGGGAGGUGGGGACAGAGGACACUCCUGGGUCAGCGCUGGGAGCCUCCAUGAUGUGGGAACUGCGUUCCAUCGCCUUCAGCAGGGCGGUCUUGGCGGAAUUUUUGGCCACUUUGGUCUUCGUCCUCUUCGGGCUGGGCUCGGCGCUCAACUGGCCAUCAGCACCGGCGCCCAGCACGCUGCAGAUCGCGCUGGCCUUCGGGCUGGCCAUCGGCACGCUGGUGCAGUCCUUGGGCCACGUCAGCGGUGCCCACAUCAACCCCGCCGUGACGCUGGGCUGCCUGCUGGGCUCGCAGCUCUCGCUGCUCCGAGCCCUGUUCUACGUGGCGGCGCAGCUGCUGGGUGGCGUGGUGGGUGCUGCCAUCCUGCACGAGAUCACCCCGGCUGACUCGCGCCAGGGACUGGCCAUCAACAAG